GAGCACCUCUGUGUGUGUGCAGCGGGUAUAUUGUUGCCAAUGCAUGUUUGAGUUACAUUGAGUUACCGAUGUGACCCACCUGAGGGAUCCAGGACGUCUGGGCUCACAGCUGGCUUCAUCUGAAGAUCUCUGCAGCUGAUAUUGGAUGGCUAGGUGUUCUUCAGUGCCAGAAUAAGAUCAUUGUCGAUAUUCACGGGUUUGACAUCUCAAUCAGCUGAUAAUACUGAUAAUAAUCAGCUGAUAAUACCCCAACAACAUUUCAAAAAUGGAUCAUGCAGUGUUCAAGCAUCGGAGGACUACUCUGGAGAGAGCUGAGAAGUUCAUAUCUCCUACCUACUUCACUGAUGUCAACUUGAGGGGAAAACUCUACCCAAAGAAAACAGCACUGACAAAGAUCCUCCAUUAUGCUACGGCUGAAAGGAUUCCAUAUGAAAAGGCUGUUAAAGAAAAGUACAUGCCAGCAAAAGUUGGAGAAUCAUUUGGACCAACAUGGUCGACACACUGGUUCCGCCUGGAGAUGGAGGCUCCGACAGAGUGGGAGGGGGAGGAAGUGAGGCUUGUGUGGAACUCCCACACCGAGGCUCUUGUGUGGGUGGAUGGCAAACCAGUACAGGGCUUGAGUGGAGAGACAAACCGACAUGACUACAUCCUGACUCGGAAGAUGAAGAAGAAACACAACAAGUACACAGUGUACAUCGAGAUGGCCUGUAAUGGCAUCCUGGGUGUUGGGUGCGGUGGUAUGAUCCAGCCAACUGACCCCAACAGGACCUUCACACUGUCCACAGCAGAGAUCGCAGUGUUUGACCGCAAGGUCUAUGACCUCCUACUGGACAUUAAGAUCCUUUAUGAGAUGGCUAAGGAGAUCCCUGAGAAGAGGGAGCGUAGUUACCAGGCGCUGUACACCGUCAACAGCAUCAUCAACAUGUGUGACACCGCCGACAGAUCAACAUACAAAAAAUGCAGGGAGGUUGCCCAAGCGUUCUUGAAGCAGAGAAAUGGAGAGAGCCAACAUGUCAUUCACGCAAUGGGACAUGCUCACAUUGACUCCGCUUGGUUGUGGCCGUAUGCUGAGACUGUCAGGAAGUGCGCUCGCAGUUGGAGCUGCACGGUCAAGCUGAUGGAGGAAUAUGAUUGGUUCACAUUUACAUGUUCUCAGGCCCAGCAAUUCCAGUGGGUGAAGGACCACUACCCCAGCCUGUACAGCAAGAUACAACACUUCGUCAAGGCAGGCAGGUUCAUACCCGUCGGAGGCUCCUGGGUAGAGAUGGAUGGCCUUAUUCCUAGUGGGGAGGCUUUUAUUCGUCAGUUCCUCUACGGUCAGCGGUACUUCCAGAAGGAGUUCGGUGUCACCUGCUCAGAGUUCUGGCUGCCGGACACAUUUGGGUAUGCAGCCCAGUUGCCGCAGCUGAUCAAGAUGUGUGGGAUGACACGCUUCCUCACACAGAAACUAAGCUGGAAUCUCGUCAACAAGUUCCCGAACCACACGUUCUGGUGGGAAGGCAUCAACGGCACUCAAGUCCUGACUCACUUCCCACCUGGGGACACAUAUCAUAUGAUGGUUAAUGUGAAAGAGCUCCUGUACACAGUGGACAACUUCCAGGACAAGGGCCGGUCUGGACGCACAUGCUACCUGUUUGGCUACGGAGACGGAGGGCAUGGUCCAACAGAGGAGAUGCUUGAGAAGCUGCAGAGGGUGAAGGAUGUUGAUGGGCUACCAAGGGUAGAGAUGAGUACACCGGACGACUUCUUCACGCUGGUAGAGAAGGAGAGUGGCCGGGACAAGCUGUGCACAUGGAGGGGCGAGCUGUACCUGGAGAUGCACAACGGCACCUACACAACACAUGCUCAGGUGAAGAAGAGUAACCGCAAGUGUGAGUUCCUGCUCCAUGAUGUGGAACUGAUGGGUACCAUAGCAACCGUCCUGGCAUCCGCCAGUGGGAAAGGCUACAAAUACCCUAGUGUAGAAUUGGAGAGAAUCUGGAAGCUGUUUCUCCUCAACCAGUUCCACGAUGUGCUGCCAGGCUCCUCCAUUGAAAUUGUGUAUGACGAUGCACACAGGUAUUACAAAGAUGUAGACACGUCUGGACGGAAGCUGCUGAGACAGGCAGUAUCUGCCGUUGUCAGGCAGGAGCUGGACAAGGGUGAGGCGGUGGUGGUGAACACCCAGGCCUGGGAGCGGCAGGGUGUGGUCAGGGUGGCCGAGGCCACUGCAAGCCCUGCCAAGAAGAAGAAGUCCACUGGCACAGACACACAGCAGGUCGACAAGGAGGGCAACACAUUAGCUCUUGUGAAGGCUGUGAGCUGUGGUGUGUCUCGUUUAGAGCGUGUCCCUGACUACAAACCUGUUACUGCAUCGAAGAAGGGUAAGGUGAUUACUAUUUCUAACGGGCUCCUGACCGCUACAGUGGAUAGCCAUGGACGAGUUACAUCUUUGAUGGUACAAGAUUCACAGAGGAACGUCCUGAGUGAGGACCAUCCUGCCAACCAGUUGUUGUUGUAUGACGAUGUCCCCCUGUACUGGGACGCCUGGGACGUCAUGGACUACCACCUAGAAACAAGAAAACCCAUCACAAGUGUCACCCAAGAAGCUAAGCUUGUUGAUCAAGGACCUCUGAGGGCAACCAUUGAGGUUUCCUUCAGCGUGGGCACAUCCAGUUCACUGAAGCAGAGGAUCAUCCUGGAUGCUGGAUGCCCCUAUGUCAGGUUUGAUACGGAGGUGAGCUGGCACGAGAGCCACAAGUUCCUGAAGGUCGAGUUCCCCACUAGCAUGACGUCAUCCCAGGCCACGUACGAGAUCCAGUUUGGCCAUCUACAGAGACCCACACACUACAACACCUCCUGGGACUCUGCCAGGUUCGAGGUCUGCAGCCACAAGUGGGCCGACAUCUCCGAGUAUGGCUACGGUGUGGCGGUCAUCAACGACUGCAAAUAUGGAUUUUCCACAGUGGAUAACAUCAUGAGACUUUCAUUGCUGCGAUCCACCAAGGCGCCUGAUGCCAAUGCUGACAUGGGCGACCACACCUUCACCUAUGCCCUCAUGCCACACACAGGCAGCUUCCAGACAGCGGGUGUCAUCCGGGAGGCCUACAACCUGAACAGCCCUCUACAGGUGUACAACGCCCCGGUCACCGCCCUACCACCAGGGGGCGCCUCCUACUUCACCCUCAACACACCACAAGUGAUACUGGAGGCGGUCAAGCUGUCUGAAGACGAUGAUGGAGCUAUGAUUCUGAGGCUGUAUGAAGCAUUUGGUGGCAAGACCAGUGCUACCUUGUCCACAUCUCUACCCAUCAAGACCGUCAACAGAUGCAAUGGCCUGGAGGAAGUUGAAGAGGAUGGGGAUGAGUUUACUAAGGGAGAUGUCUCAACAGUCACCGUCUCAUUCACAGCCUUCCAGAUUGUCAGUUUGAUUGUGAAGUUUUAGUGGCUUCAUAAAAAUAACAGGAAUGGACCUUCUGGUCUCAGGAAGUAUUGUCGGCUCCACUCUGUGGCUCCACGUUGCCUGGCAACACGGGGAGUGAUGCCACGGGAGUGAGGCCCAUGUACAACCAGAUGCUACUGUUAAUCAUGCAUUCCGCAGAGGUUAUUGAUGUAUAGCGUUUGUAUGCUGUGGAGGAAAUAGGAAUGUUGCCUCAUAUUUAAACAGUGCAUUAAGUUUUCAUUAUGUAUUUUCAUUGUAGUUUCUUGUCUCUUGUUUUAUGGAGAGUUUAUUAUGAGUUCAUUAUGUCCCCCCCAACACAUCCCUAAAAGUCAUAUCGUUUUUGGCUCGGUUCCUGAUGGCGUUGGCGUCGGCGUUCCCAUCCUAUUCCAAGCCAUAACUUGAAAACUGUUCAAUGUGUUCCAAGGAAAUUAUUCAUAUGCAUUGUCGUUAGCUGCCUUUUGCCAUUGUGAUUUUUUUCUAAAUUUUAUUUUUUACGUUUUCAGGAGCACAAUUUCGACUCAAACUAGUGUUUCGGGAUCAUAACUUGAAAACCUUUCAACAUGUUUCAAUAAAACUUGGUAUAUGUAUUGCUCAUCAGCUUAACUCGUGCCUUUUGAUAUUUUGAAAUUUUCUAAAUUUUAUUUUGUUACCUUUUCAUGGAAACAAUUUGGACAAGUCUCAAACAACUCCAGGUUUUUCUGAUUUCUGGUGUGAUUGGAUUAAGAAGACAAGUACUAGAUACUACCCUAUCACUAUAUGUGAUAACUAUGCAUUUUUGGAAUUGUGUCCAUUCUCAAAUACUUGUCAAUAGAUAUUGCUGCCAGACUUUUCAUUAUGUUGGCAUAAAUGCUUUAAUCGGAAUCUGUACCAGUAUUUUUUGCUAUUUUUGUUUUUCUGGUUUGCAAACACAUUUGUCAGAACAACUUGAACUAAUGUAUCCAAAAAAGGAUGCUGUAGACGUAUGUUUUUAUGAGUAAAAACACAUUCUAGUUAUAAGUAAAAAAAA